UCGCGAGUGACAGCCGCUCCAGAUAGAAUGUCUUUCUUCUGAAAAUGCCUUGAAGUCUCUUGGGAACUUUGAGUUAUUUUUGCUGCUUUUAAAGGCUUCAUGUCUUUAUUCAUCCUGUUGGAGAGCGGAAAAACUGCCCACCUCCAGUUUUCAUUCCCUCAUCCACUCCUGUUUCUUCAUCUUUCUGUUCUCUCAGUUUCAUAAAGCAUUUGUGGUUGGAUGUUUUGCGUUAUUUUCUUGUAUGCAACAUCUGGAGCAUUAAUGGUGCUGUAUCUGUGGAUGCUAAAAGUAAAAGGGUGCUGAGGUAUUAGUGUGGUAGACGAAGGGCAAAAGGUUAAUUCCUUUGUGGUAAUCCUAAAUCCGUAGAGGAUUUAGAGGAGAUCUCAUUCCUUUUGUUUUCUUGGCGGUACAGAUGUGAGUCAGACGUGUGUUAGAAAGGGCUUGCCAUGGUCACCAAAGACAACGCUAACUCUGGCUCUGGCGGAAAGACAACCUGUGUGAAGAAACAAAAGUGUAUGAUGAACAAUUCUCAAAAGGCUGGGGCUCUUUACAGGGACCCGCAGAAGACUAUAUUUGAACCCGAGCUGACCCUAGAGGUCACGGCUGACGAUGCUGGAAGGAAAACCAAUCCUGUCGCAGUGAACGGUGUUAUAGAAACUGCUGCGAAUGAACAGACGUGUAACGUAUGGAGUGUUUCCAAUCUCCGGAAUCUGAAAGAGAUGCAGUAUCUGCACCACGAGGCUGAGGACAGUCUAAUCGAGCCGUCACUGGACAUGGACAAGUCGUCCCUCGUGGGUUUCAUCGACUCCAGUAACCUGGAGAGCUCUGAGGAUGUUCAGACCGUGCCGUGCGUCCAGGUGGACGUUAAAACGGAUGUGGUGCUGAUCGAUGAGGAUGAUGAUGAUAUGUCUCUAAGAGAGAGGACAGUGACAGACGUGUCCACUGCGGACGGGAACGCGGCUGAGCUUGUGUGCGGGCGGCUCCAGUCAAUCUCCUCUGACUCCACCCACUCUUUAUGUGAUAGGCAGAGUCUAGAGCAAGGCUCGACCAUUGAGACGCCUCAAGAGAAACAGGAGCCGCCCAAAAAACACAAACGCGCUUGCUGCCUCUGUGUUAUCAUUUGAUGUUUCUCGGAAAAGGGCCAAGAUUAUACACUUUUCAAGCAUUUAAAAAAAAAAAAUCAUUUUAUAAUGUUAGUCAACAAGGUUUUAUAUUAAGUUUUUCAUGACCAUUUUUAACUCUCUCUCUGAGUUUCUUAAAGCAAAAAAGAGUGAUAAUUAAGUUUGUCAUGACCAUUUGAACUCUUUGUGACCCUUACAAGUUUAUUUUGCUACUGUCCUUUUUAUGGAAGCCGUUUUCACCACGAAAUAAAAAUAAAUAAAAAAGGUAGUUUGCAAGUUUCUUUCUCACAGUUCUGAGUUUAUAUGUGACAAAAAAGUCAGAAUUGUGAGAGAAUUUUUAUUUAUUUUUUAUUCUGUGGUGAAAAAGGGCUUCCAUGCAUUUUAAAGUUAAAAAAAAAAAAAAAAAACACUUCAUAAUGUGACAUUUCCAAGUGACAGAAUCUUUAACGAGGAAAAAAGGUAGGGAAGAACUUGACUGUACCCUAUUCAUUAUGACAACUCUUAUUUCAAAAGAGAAAAAAAACAAAAACAAAACCCGUUUUAUUUCUUCUGUCGGAGUAA